UUGUCUCCGUGGAUAUCUCAUGCAGGGACCUCUGACAGCGUAGACUUGCCUAAGCCUUGGUCUUAUUAGUUGGCACCAACGAACUCUACAUAUUAUUUUGCUACGCUUUAUCCUCGCAUACACACGUUUCUCACCAUGUCUUGCACAUCGACCUUCGCCUUUGGCUCCCACCAAGACCAGAAGCCUGGCGCCAGAGGUUCUACUACAGCGACCGAACAAAACAUCCCGCGGCGCCGGAGACGACAUUCCUCUUUUAUGCCUCGGAGAAGACAUUCUUUGGUUCAGCAUAUCAUGGAGGGUGAAGAAGGCCUGCUGCUUCGGGUUGAUCUGUUCCUCUCUGAACUAGAGAGGAGACUUGAAUACCUCGAAGGUUAUAGCGAACUAGUCGACCUCGAUACGAGCAUCUCCAAAACCUUCGCCACUCUACAGACAGUGCGGGAACGAUGUUCGCAAGUCUCGGAAGAGGUCAUUGGUGCCGGCCGCCGGCGGUUGCAGGUCAUGGUCGAGACCUUGGACACUAGAUACCAUGAAGCGUUGGAUGCGGCCGGGUCGAUGAAUGAGAAGGCUCGUGUCGGUGUUGAAAUCCUCGAUGGUAUGCUUACGGACUUUGAAACCCGAGCCUUGAAGUUGCGCGACAACGGGUUUGCGAACGCUGCCGGUGCUGCCGGAAGUUUGAUAGGCGAGGGUCGACGAGUCGUAGACGAAGGGUUAGAGCGUGCUCGUGGCGUCGUGGACGACAGCCUCGAGCGAGCCUGGCGUGCCGCAGAAACAGUCGAAGAGCACAUUCAGAGAGCCAUUGCUAGUGCAAAGCAGAAGGGACUGAUUAAAUAUGAGGAGCUUCCCGUACCUUGGCGAAUUAACCCUCAUAUUCUUGGUGGAUAUCGAUUCACCGAGUCUAAAAUUGGUUGCGUUCGCUCGAUGUUUGGUGUUUCGAACGAGACGGUUAACAUCUGGUCUCACGCACUUGGCUUGAUAAUCAUAUUGUCCAUUGCCUUCUACUUUUACCCGAUGUCCGCGAACUUCUCUCUCUAUACGAAGACUGACGUCUUCAUCGCCGCCGUGUUCUUUUUCGCGGCUUGCAAGUGCCUAGUCUGCAGCACUAUUUGGCACACCAUGAACUGCGUCGCAGAUCAAUGUCUGAUGGAACGGUUUGCGUGCAUCGACUACACCGGAAUCUCGUUACUCAUCGCCGCAUCGAUCAUGACAACUGAAUAUACGGCCUUUUAUUGCGAGCCUAUCAGCCGGUGGACGUACUUGACGGCAACGGCUGUCCUGGGCAUUGCUGGUACCAUCCUUCCGUGGCAUCCGAAAUUUAAUGGCCAAGAUAUGGCUUGGUUAAGAGUAGGCUUUUUCGUGGGGUUAGGCGCUACUGGCUUUUUGCCAAUCUUCCAGAUCAUCGUCACGCGUGGUCCCGAAUGGGCCUAUGAGUUCUAUGCCGGUUCGAAUUUGAUCAAAUCCCUUGCCGUCUAUGUUAUCGGAGCUUGUGUGUACGCAAGCAAAGUCCCUGAGCGGUGGUUCCCUGGGGCGUUUGAUUACUGUGGGAAUGCGCAUAACCUAUGGCAUCUUGCCGUACUUGGCGGAAUCCUUUACCAUUAUGUCGCUAUGCAAGAAUUUUUCUCCGGCGCCUUUCAGCGCGCGCAAGGGGGUUGCCCAACUUAUUAAGCAGCAUAUUCGAACGAUUCAGGGAUAUAGUUUAUCUACAGCUGACUGCGCAAAAUCUUCUGGCAUAUGGCAUUACACAUUAAAAACCCC